AUGCCACAGGACUCCGACCAAUCACAGUCGCCUGAAGGAACGGGCUCCAACUCCCAUCUCACGGCUGAGCAGAAGAAGCUGCACCAUUUACAAAGCGAGCAUAAGCGGAGAGAGCAGAUACGCGCAACGUAUGACCAGCUGGUUAGUCUUGUUCCCAGUCUGAAGCCUUCCGAAAACCGGUCAGAGCUGGCGGUUCUUUCUAAGUCCACUGAUUACAUCAGACUGCUGCGAAAGGAAAACCAGGAGCUACUGGCGCUGGCCAAGGAGAGAAAUAUCAAUAUACCAGAGGAGCUACUGGCGAAGAUACGGAAUCCCACGCCUCAAUGA